AUGGUGCUCGAUAAAGUACUCUGGCUAUUUGCUUUUGUGACCUUGGUUUAUUGUAAAGCUGCAAGGCAAAUAGAGCAAGAUAUUCAAAGUGUAGAAGCUUACAUAGACAGCAAAAAAGGAGAUAUCAACCAACGGUACAGACUGCGUUACCACAUCGCUGCACCGGUUGGAUGGAUUAACGACCCCAAUGGAUUCACGUAUUACAAAAAUGAAUUUCAUCUUUUUUAUCAAUAUUAUCCAUACGAUUCUGUGUGGGGCCCCAUGCAUUGGGGACAUGUUGCCAGCCGAGAUCUAGUACAUUGGAAAUAUUUGCCGACAGCGUUAGUACCAGAAAAAGAACAAUGUUUCUCCGGUAGUGCUGUGGUAGAUGGAGACACCAUGAUCCUAAUGUAUACUGGACAUGUUAAUUUAGAUACUGAACCGUGGGCCAACGAAACUCAGUAUAUAGCAUACAGUGACGAUGGUAUAACAUUUCACAAGUACGAAGGAAAUCCUGUCAUAUCAUCUGCUCCCAACGGAUCGCCUGACUUCAGGGAUCCGAAGGCCUGGAAGUACGGCGAUCAUUAUUAUGUAGUCAUCGGCAGCAAAACUGACGAUAAACGAGGACAAGUAUUGUUGUACAGGUCAACGGAUAUGAAAAACUGGGAGUAUUUGAAUGUUAUAGCAGAAUCCAAGGGUGACAGCUAUAUGUACGAGUGUCCUGAUCUCUUCGAGUUAGAUGGGAAGUUUGUUCUACUGAUGUCUCCGCAAGGCAUGGAACCGCAAGGCGACAGGUACAAGAAUCUUCAUCAGACCGGAUACAUCAUUGGGAGUUUCAGUUAUGAUACGUUCGAAUUUGUCCCCGAAGUAGAUUUUCAAGAAAUCGACUUCGGACACGAUUUUUAUGCAGCGCAGACGACGGAAGCUUACGGCGCAAGAGUCUUAGUAGCUUGGUUUAACAUGUGGGAGCAACCUCGGCCCGAAGCGGAAGACGGUUGGGCGGGUGCUAUGACGUUGGUUAGAGAAUUGAGGCUCGUCGGUGACCGGCUUACUAUGAGACCUUUGGACGCCAUGACUCUUCUGAGGGAUGAGAUAGAAAUGGUUGGGAUUCUCCCACCUCAACAGAAAUUGCAUUUAGGAAAAGCAUCAGAACUAAUCGUUUCGGGUGAUUUGAAAGAGAAAAUUGAAUUACAACUUGAAGGUUCAGCGGGUGGUGAAAAGGCUUGGCUACGGUGGGAGCCUGACACUGGUAAAGUAGUAGUAGAUAGAGGUUCAGGUGAUAUUCGGCAAGUAGAGUGGUCGCCGUCCAGCACGGAGAGUUGGAGGAUAUUCCUGGAUGUGAGCUCUAUAGAGCUGUUCUGCGGAGAAGGAGAGGUGGUGUUCAGCAGCCGGCUGUUCCCUGAGGGCGAGUGGAUAGUUACUAACACUAGCCCCCAAAUCCUUCAUGCCACGGCCUAUUCAUUGGCCUGGAGCGUUCCUUUGUGAUUAGUUUAGGAUUUAAAUUGUAUUCUUAGCGUUCCAAAACUCUCAUAGUUUAAUUAUUUCUUAGAUAAAUUAAAAAUCGAAAUAAGAUGUCAUAUAUUAAAGAAAAAAUGACGAGCACCACC